AUGAGUGAACCCGAGACAGUGCCGUCCGUAGACUCGCCGCUGGUGCAGCGGCGCAGCAGCAGAAGCAGCAUUAGUACAGCAGGCAGCAGCAGAAACUCCGAAGCAGCAGCAACAGCAGCAGCAGCAGCAGCAGCAGCAGCAGCAGCUCCAGCAGCAGCAGCAGCAGCAGCAGCAGCAGCAGAUGUUUCUGGGUCUUUUUACUCUGCUGCUGAUGGGUAUUUAUUUCAAAAAAGAAAAAAUAAAGUGCAGCAGCAAAAAGAAGAAAAUAUAUCCUUAAUAGGAGAGGAGAGGGGGGGCCCCCGGGGGGCCCCCGGGGGGCCCCCUUGCUGCAGCAGCAGGGUUCGAUGGGGGCCCCGGCGUUGCAUGCAGCUGCUGCUGCGGCUGCGUAUGUGUGUGGUGGUGAUGCUGCUGCUGCCUUUUGCUGCUCUGCUGCUGCUGCUGCUGGUAUGGGGUGCUGAGGGUUUGUGGCUGCAGCAGCAGAUGCGUGUAGUGUUUGCUGCUGAGUCAGCAGCAGCAGCAGCAGCAGCAGCAGCAGCAGCAGAUGAGAUGCCCUAUAACCACUUACUUUCAGAUGCUCUUAGGGGCCUCGCAGCAGUACCUGGGGCCCCCCGUUCUAUCUCUUGCUUCCUGCUGCAGCAGUAUACACUGCCUGCUGAGCAGCAGCAGCAGCAGCAGCAGCGCAGCAAGCCCUAUGAGCCGCUGCACUUUGCUGCUGCUGCUGCUAUACCAUCAGCAGCAGAUAUUCUUGCUGCUGCUCCCUGGCAGCACGACCCCAAGGGCCCCUUCCUCAGUCUAUCGGACUGGGUCCCUCUAACCACCCAGCACCAGCACCAGCAGCAGCAGCAGCAGCAGCAGCAGCAGCAGCAGCAGCAGCAGCAGCAGCAGCAGCAGCAGCAGGAGGAGCUGGUGCCUGUGUGUACCUAUAGAGACCCUGUGUAUGGUGUUACUGUAACAACCCCACUCCUGGUGCCUGUGUGUACCUAUAGAGACCCUGUGUAUGGUGUUACUGUAACAACCCCACUCUCUGCGCUGCUGCACUCAGCAGCAAACGCAUGCACAACCACCUGCGCUCUCCCCUUCUGGGAUGAGCUGCUGGAGCAGCAGCAGCAGCAGCAGCAGCAGCAGCAGCAGCAGCAGCAGCGGGAACAGCAACAGGAACAGCAGCAGCAGCAGCAGGAACAGCAGCAGCAGCAGCAGCAGCAGGAACAGCAGCAGCAGCAAAAGCCAAAUAUAUACAAUGGUUAUCAAGCAGCAGCAACAGCAGCAGCAACAGCAGCAGCAGCAGCAGCAGCAGCAGCAGAUGGAGCAGCAGCAGCAGAAGCAUCAGAUGCAGCAGGAGCUGGGCAGUCAGCAGCAGCAGCAGCAGCAACAACAGCAGCAGCAGCAGCAGCAGAUGGAGCAGCAGCAGCAGAAGCAUCAGAUGCAGCAGGAGCUGGGCAGGGCGACCCAGCUUCUUUUUUUUCUUCAUCAGCUGCUGCUGCUUCUCCUGCUGCUGCUGCUGCUCCUCCUCCUCCUGCUGCUGCUCCUCCUCCUCCUGCUGCUGCUUCUCCUGCUGCUGCUGCUGCUGCUGCUGCUGCUGCUGCUGCUGAGACUAUCCCUCUGUUAUGUAGAGAGAAGGGCCCCUCUCUAUACAACGGGUGCAGCAGCAUGCAUGCACCUUCGGGUGUAUUUAUAAAGGAGAAGAUAGGAGUGAGGGUGUGGGGUGUUGCUGCAGUGGAUGGUUUGCUGCUGCAGCAAGCUGCUGUGCUGCAGCAGCAGCUGCUGCACUUCGUCAGCAGCACCGAAGCACUAACACCCCGGGAGCUGUGGGCCCUUGACUCUCUUUUUGCUGCUAUGCCGGGUGCUGUCGUGCGCUGGCACGUGCUGCUCUCCUGCAACCAGCAGCAGCAGCAGCAGCAGCAGCAGCAGCAGCAGCAGCAGCAGCAGCAGCAGCAGGAUGUCAACUGCAUGCAGCAAGCCAGGCAGCAGCAUUUCGCGCAGCUGCAGCUUUUUUGGAGGGCAGGAUAUAAGCUGCAGUAUGUACAGCAUGAUAACCUACCAGUUUAUCUAAAGGGUUAG